AUGUCACAAAAUAAUAUGCAACCACCAGUAUUAUCAAUACCUGGAGACCAACAACAGACCGUCGACCAAGCACAACAAUACUAUACCGGACAAUUACAACGUAAACAGGCUCCUGAAGGAAGCGCUGAAUGGUAUUUCGAUCAAGCCACCAAUUGGAUGGGUGAUCAUCCAUGGAUCACAGGUAUAGGUUUAUUCGGAUUUGCCUAUGCCGCUUCAGGAUUAAUCAAAUCCAAACAACCUGGCUAUAACGGUAAAACCUUUGUCAAAGGAGCUUUUGGACAAAAAAUGACUGCCAAAGAAGCUUUACAAAUUUUGAAUUUAAAAGAAUCAAACUUAUCUCAACUCAAAUUAAAGGAACAACAUAGAAAAUUGAUGUUGUCUAAUCAUCCAGAUAAAGGUGGUUCUCCAUUUUUAGCCACCAAAGUUAAUGAAGCCAAAGAUUUCUUGGAAAAGAGAGGUGGAAUGAAAAAGAAAUAA